CUGGAUCGUUCCCUCCGUUGUCGCUCCCGAAGGUGGAACUUGGCCUUCGUCAUGCAAACAGGAGGAGCCUGCGGACAGGUGGAUCAAGUCGGACGUCAUGUCUCUUUGCACCCGCAUCUUCCCUGUCAUAUUCAUCCUGACACGAUUGCGCCGCUUGCAAGCUCGACGUCCCAUCACAAUUCGUCGCGGGAAGCUCAACCUCGUCUUGACUCGAUUGCUCAGGGUUCAAAUUGCACGUUGAUGAUGACCACAGAUCCCAUACCCAUGCGUCCUCUCGCGGACACGAUGUCGUCGGCAAACGUGCUCAUAUUCCACCCCGAUCCGUCGACCACAGCAGCGCAUGGCGGCGAUACGCCUGUUGUCGCAGUUCGUCGGCGUGGGAGGAAGUCCGAGCACGCUUCCAAAAGAUCUUGGUCAGAUCCCACCAAUUCAAUGCAACAACUCGUCAUUCUCCAUCAACUCUUCAACCAGACCUGAAGUCCCGAGUACGAUGACCUUCCGUCGGCCAUGUUUCAUGACGUCUAUUGGCGCAUGUGCGCGUGUGCCAGUGUGCCAGAGUUCGGCCGACGUUAUCGGCACCAUGCGGGCUUCAUGGAGGACGGCGCUCGACCUGGCGUCGUGGGUCGUGGGUUUGUUCAGUUGCUGUGCAAUCCCGAACACUUCGUUGGACAAUGCACAAUCAAAGUAUCCGUGGCUCAUUUGCGAAUUUUCUCGCGACAGUUGCCAGGGCCUGAGCAACGGUGACGAUGGGAGGAGGCACGAAGCAGGGACAUCAGCGUCGCGACGACGACGCAGGCGGCCGAGGUGGUCGAGGGGGACGCGUUGGAAAGCAGCGAGAAGUGGAGCCCAGCAUCUCGCUUCCGUUCGUGUUGUGGCGCAAAGAUGGCUUUCGCGCGGGCAGUGAGCGAUACGACAUGGCGGCGUUUGUGAAAGCGGCGGCCGCGUGCGACACGGACGUGAACGAGUUGAUUUUACAAACGGGCAACACCCCCGUCGUGAUGGACAAACUCCGCCAGAUCCUCCGCUUUGGCUUCAAGGUGUCGACGCAUACAUUUCAAGACAUAGCGCUGCCGCUGAUGGCGCUCGUGGCGUCGGACAAGUUUGUCUUGUCGCCGCACACGACCGACGUCAAGAAUAUCCUUCGCGCGAUCCACAGCGAGCCGCUCUUUUUCAUGCGUGUACGGAAUUGCAUUGAAGGCGAGACGGCGGCGCUCAUGGCCGCUGGCCUGUUUGUUCGGGCCGUGACCAGCUUCGCCGCCGUGCUCAACCUCAUUGUUCAGAAAAUCCCAAGCGCCGCCCUCGACGACGACAUGUUCAACCAAGCCAAGACCUUGUUGGAAUGGCUCGUGCUCCACCACAACUCGGAUGGUGUUCGUCUGGCGCUGGCGUCGCUGCGAGACACGGUGGAGCUGUGCAUGGAACUGGUGCCGUCCCGGCGGCCGGUCGAACGGGAUGCGGCGCGGCCAAACUACUUGAUCGGACUCGGUCGGAACCUCCUUGGCCAGCAGCACAAGUCUGACGACCCCGCCGGAGCCCCAGCGUUUGAUCUCGGCCCACGACACGACAACGACUUCGCCGACUUUCGACAAGUGCAGGUGAUUCCGACCGAUCUCGAAAUGCGCUGCCUCGAGCCGAGCUACUUGCCCCACUGUCUCGCACCGAAUGCCGGGAUGGAAGCGCAUUUGGAAGUGCACUUUCGUCUGUUGCGAGAAGAUGUUCUCGCGCAAAUCAAGCGCGGCGUGCAAUGGCUCUUGGACCCGCAGACGUUGCACCGCUGCGUCGCGACGGGAAAGUGGUUGCCGCCGCGCGAAGAAAACGUCCCGCGGCUGAAUGUGGCGACGGACGCGCGCCUGGACAAGGUCAAAGGCUCGAUCCGCAAAGGCAUUAUGUUUGUGAUCAAGGCCAAGCAGCCCUUGGGUCGUCAAGGCGUCCGGCCCAAGGACCUCAAGGCAUUUUGGGAACGCGAGCAGCGGUACAAGGUCGGGUCACUUGUGUGCAUCGCGUGUAAUGUCCACCUUGACCACGGACCGGCGCACGAGGGCCACGCAGACGGCGGCUUUCCGCGCUACGCCGGGCUCGCCGCCGAAUCGCUCGUGUUUGCGACCGUGUGCGAAAGCAACCUUGUCGACUUGACGUCGUCCGAGGACGACUUUUCGAUCAGUGUGCGGAUCUGCGAUACGUCCAAGACGGCCGACCAUAUCGCCGCGCUGUCCAACUCGCGCGCCCAGAAUCUCCUCGUGGAGGUUCGCGGCCUGUUUUUUCCAUCGUACGAGCCCGUCUUGCGAGCGCUGCAGGCACACAACACGCGAACAUUGCGGAAAGAGCUGCAGGAAGGCCUGUUUGGGAGUGGCACGGCAGAGCCUGCGUGGAAGGCCAAGCCUGCGUAUGUGUCGAGACUGGAUGCGUACAACCUUCAAUUUCUCGUCAAGGCGGCGUUCCGCCAGCGAGUGGAUCUGUCCCGCGUGCCCAUUGUCGAUUUCGAGCAGCUAGCGGGCGUCCUCCGGCCACUGGAGACGGAAGGAUGCUUGACGUUGGACGGGUCGCAGGUUGAUGCGUUUGCCGCUGCGCUCACGCAGCAGGUGUGCUUGAUCCAAGGCCCCCCUGGCACUGGAAAGAGCUACGUCGGCACCAAGAUUGUGCACGCUAUUGUUCAGCAGCGCGGCCUGCAAGUCGGGCCACUGCUGUGCGUGUGCUACACAAACCACGCGCUCGAUCAGUUUCUGGAAGACUUGGUCAAGGACGGCCUGCGCGUCACGUCGAUUGUGCGAAUUGGCGCCUACUCCAAGUCGGAGAUGCUCCAAAAGCGGUCGUUGCAACUGUUGGAGCAAGUCAACCUCUCGUCCCGGCAAGAAAAGAUUCGCUAUGGCCAGCUACAUCGGCAAUGCCGCGAUAUCGAGACCUCGUUUUUAGACCAGCUCGGGACGACGCCUGGUGGACCGACCGUGUCGUUGAUGCAGUGGGUGAAAACGUAUGUCUCCGACGAGUUUGCUUCGAUCGUCGGGUCGGUCGACGGCGACGGAUUCGCCGCACAGGGUCAAAGCAACAAGGACCACAAGGCGCGAUGGAAAGCAUGGAAGAAGGGCGAGGCGAAACCCAACGCCGGUGGAAUGUGGGCCAUGAGCGCCCAGCAGCGCCGCGACCAGAUUGCGACGUGGCGCGCAGCGUUGGAAGCGUUUGACAAGCGAAACAUGUCGACUCAGCUCGACGAGUAUGAAAGGUGUGUUGCGGAGGCGGACCAAGUGAGCAAUGCGAAAUCGUUGCGUCUGUUGAAGACGGCCAACGUGGUGGGCAUAACAACGACGGGGGCUGCCAAGUACCACGCGCUCUUGCGCGCGCUGGCUCCGACCGUCGUCGUGUGCGAAGAAGCGGGCGAGGUGCUUGCGGCCCAUCUUCUUUCGUGCCUGACGUCGGCCACGCAGCACGUCAUCCAGAUUGGAGAUCACCAGCAGCUGCGGCCGAUCCUGAACGAGCACAUUCUCACUCACGAGGCGAAGCGAGGCUACGACUUGGACGUGUCGUUGUUUGAGCGGCUGGUCCACGAGCGAAAGGACGGAGCGUCGAGCGAUGCCGCGGUUCCUGGCUCGCUCGUGACGCUGCACGUCCAGCGGCGCAUGCGGCCGGAAAUAUGCGACCUCAUUCGGUGGACGCUGUACCCGCGCCUGUGCGACGGCCCGAAUGUUGUUGCGUACCCCGCCACGACCCGCGGCUUCACCCACAACUUGUGGUUUAUCGACCAUGACCAUGGCGAAAACACCAACGACUUGUCUUGCAAGAAUUCAUUUGAAGCCGAGUUGGUUGUGGAGCUCGUGGCCCACGCGGUGCGGCAGGGCUAUGGCUUGGAGGACAUGACGAUUUUGACGCCGUAUCUCGGCCAGCUCGUCUUGAUUCGGAGCUACUUGAGUGGGAAAAACUUUCGAGUGGCGCUCGAGGACAAGGACGUGGAAGCGAUGCGUGCCGCCGACAUGGACGACGACGCCGACGACGAGCGUUUGGUCGGCCGCCCAGCGUCGAAGGUCGCGGUCCAGUCGCUGCGGGAGUUUGUGCGGCUGUCGACGGUCGACAACUUUCAAGGGAACGAGUCGCCCCUCGUGUUUAUCUCGACGGUGCGCAACAAUGACAGCGGGCGCACGGGCUUUCUCAAAACAUUCAACCGCGUGAAUGUGAUGCUCUCGCGCGCCAGGCACGCCAUGUACGUGCUCGGGUCGGUGUCGACCAUCCGCCGAUGUGCCAAGGCGAAAAUGUUCAACGGCGUGCUCGAUAUUCUUCAAGACAAGGAGCGCAUUGGGCGCACGAUCGGGUUGCGGUGCCAAAACCAUGGGACGAUCACGCAAGUUGCAUCGGCCAGCGACAUUCGACAGCUCUCUCCGGACGGCGGAUGCUUGCGUCCGUGCGAUUGCCGCCUCAACUGCGGCCAUACCUGCGUGAAACUGUGUCAUGCAGAUGAUCCCCGCCACAUGGCUGUCCAGUGCAUGGAGCCGUGCGUGAAGCGUGUGACGGUGUGUGGCCAUUUGUGCAUUGCCCGGUGCUAUGAGUCGUGCCGCUGCAACGAAAGAAUUGCCCAUGUCACUCUGCCGUGCGGCCACGAGCGCCACAACGUUCUGUGCGCCGAGGUCCACGGAACCGCUCCCCUGCGCUGCACCACCACGAUGACGGUAUCCAUGCCUUUUUGCAACCACUCGAACACAAUGUCGUGUGCCGUUGCGCGCCACCUCCAGCGCGCGAUGGAUGACAACGACAAGAACGAGCUGUGGAAGAUGAGCAAGAAGUGCCGCACGAGAUGCGGCGUCGUCCGCGACGGGUGUGGCCAUGCAUGCGAGGAAGCGUGCCACGUAUGUCUGCACAGCCGCGUGCCGGACGGCAGCACCGCCUCGUUGGCCGACAUGCACGCUGCCGGCGCAUCGACCGCCCAUGUCGACAAGUGCCGCCGUCGUUGCAACCGCCAGCUAUUGUGUGGCCACAACUGCAUGGAGCCGUGCCAUCCGACCGGGGCCUGUCCGCCGUGCGAAGCGCGUUGUCGCACCGAAUGUCGUCAUUCAGCAUGCCCGCGACAGUGCAAAGAGCCGUGCGCAUCGUGUGCAGAGCCAUGCACGUGGACAUGUUCGCAUUCGAACGGGACGUGCGAACUUCCGUGCGGGAGUCCAUGCACGCGGCUGCCUUGCGACAAGCGGUGCACAAAGGAGCUGGCUUGUGGCCAUCAAUGCCCGGGCCUGUGUGGGGAACCGUGCCUUUCCCCGUCGUACUGUCGCCAGUGCCCGCCUGCCCUUGACUCCGAGCACAGUCAGGUGGUCGAUCUCAUCAUGGGCACGAUGCUGGCCGACCACGAUCCGGACGAGUCGCCGCUCGUGCGCCUCCGAUGUGGCCACUGCUUUACGAUCGAAACGAUGGAUGGAUGCAUGGACUUGGCAGCGUUCUAUACGAGGAACGCUGUGGGCGAGUGGGUCAGCCCGACGCCGCUCAAGGCGCCGUCGCAAGGGGGCGCGCAAUAUGCGUGCCCAACGUGUCGUGCGCCGGUCGGAGGCGUUCACCGGUACGGCCGGUUGAUCAACUUCAGCAACGUCAUGCUGUCGGAGCUCAAGUACUUCCACGUCGUCACCGACGAGAUAGCGCGCGCCCAGGCAAUGCGGGCGUCGAGUUCGGCCGACGACCUCAGCAACAAGGUGGUGCAGCUCCGCCGAUUUGUCGCGGCGGAAACGCCGACGCAGGAAAUGUGGACGAAAGAGUCGAGUCGGUUGGCGCGAUUGGGGUGUGCCGGGGAUUCGCUCAACUUGAACGCCUACCGCCACGUCAUGACGAGCCAGACGCGGAUCAUGCUGGGCCUCGAGCUGCUGGAGCUCUUGGUGCUGCGGCUGCACGUGUUGAAGAAGACGCUGUUGACUUCCGAGACGUUUGCCGCGCAACUCCGCGCAGACUACGACGAUGGCUGCAAACUGGAGGAAUCGCUGCGCCAGACUUGCCUUCAAGCGUCGUCGCACCGCUCGGCGAACGACGUGCUCUUGGUGGGCAUGAAGCUUCGCCUGGCCUUUUACAAACAGGCCGUCUCGAAUGGCAUGAAGGUGUCGAAGGAUGCGCUCGUGCAGGAGCUGCGCCAGUCGCUGCGUGCGUUGCAAACCAGCGCGCACCCCGUGGCGGCAGCAACGUUGGAGCUAGCGCAGGAUUUGGUUACGGUGGCAGAAAACGUGGGGACGCUGUCCAAGGAGGAAAAGGAUGCGAUUUUCAAGGUGUUUGCGACGGGACAAGACGCUUACGCGCAUGGGUUUGGCGGCCACUGGUACCAAUGUCCAUCGGGCCACCCGUACGUGAUUACCGAGUGCGGCGGCGCAAUGGAGGAAGCGUCGUGCCCGGAAUGCGGCGCGGUGAUCGGUGGCACGAGCCACAGGUUGCACGCCACCAACACGAGUGCCGAGAGCUUCUUUGCGUAGCCGAUUGUCGUGCUGCGGCAUGUGAUGUAAGAAUCAAUGGAAGGUCGGAGCACGCACGGUCGCCCCACGGUCGAUCAAUGUGCGCAGAUUCCUCCGCCAUCCUAGGAUUGCUGUGAAGCAAAUGCCCACCCGUCUGCCC